AUUACAAGCUUUUUAUUGUCGCCAACAGCUCAUUAGAACUCUGAACAAUACGCAUACUGCACAGCUGAAGCUAAACUCUGGUCUACAGGACAAAGUAAUGGCAGGCCAAACAGUGUCCAUGAAGGGGCCAGUGUGUCUAAUUGAGAACGACAGUGAAGGGAAACUGUGUGUGGUCCGCAGCGCACUGGAAACCCUGAGCCAGAUUGAGCAGCAUGUGGUAGUGGUGGCAGUGGUCGGCCUGUACCGCACCGGCAAGUCAUACCUCAUGAACAAACUGGCUGGGACGAACAAAGGUUUUGCCCUUGGAGCCACAAUUCAGUCCCAGACUAAGGGCAUCUGGAUGUGGUGUGUGCCCCACCCAAUAAAAUCAGACCACACCUUGGUGCUGCUGGAUACAGAGGGGCUGGGGGAUGUGGAGAAGGGUGAUGAUAGUAAUGACAACUGGAUCUUUUCCCUGGCUGUUCUUCUGAGCAGCGCCCUGGUGUACAACAGCAUGGGCACCAUCGACAACUACGCCCUGGAGAAACUGCACUAUGUGACAGAACUGACAGACCUCAUUAAGGUGAAGUCGGUUGAGGGAGACGUUGAUGAAUCUGCAGACUAUGUCCGUUUCUUUCCGUCUUUUGUGUGGACGGUCAGAGAUUUCGGACUAGAUUUAAAGCUCGAUGGAAAACCCAUCACAGCACAUCAGUACCUGGAUAAUGCUCUUAAACUGAAACCAGGUACUAGCAAGAAGAUUGUUCAAUACAACCUGCCUCGUGAUUGUCUGCGGAAAUUCUUUUCCCCCCGCUGGUGUUUUGUCUUUGAACGACCUGCCAACUCUGAGAAAAUGAAACGCAUGGAGGAGUUGACAGAUGCUGACUUGGAACCCUCCUUUGUGAUGCAGUCCAGAGACUUCUGUGACCACAUAUUUAAAGAAGUCAAGACUAAGACCAUGAUAGGUGGCCUGAAAGUCACUGGUAAAAUGCUCGGGAACCUGACAGAGAUGUACGUUGACAUGAUACGGAGUGGGCAGGUACCCUGCCUGGACAAUGCUGUGGUGGCGCUGGCCCAGAUUGAGAACUCCAGUGCCAUUGAAAAGGCCAAGGCCUACUACCAGCAGAGCAUGGCAAAGCUGGUGGUCUUUCCCACUGAGACCCAGCAGCAGCUGUCUAUGGUUCAUGCUUCCAUGGAGAGGGAGGCAGUGGCCAUCUUCAUGAAUAGUUCAUUCAAGGAUGAAGACCAGAAGUACCAGAAGGAGCUCAUGAAAGCGCUUCAAGAAGUAUAUUCGACAAUCUGUGAGAAAAACUCGCAGGAAUCCCAGAGGGCAUGCACGCACAUCAUCGAACACAUAUUUGCUCCCCUAAAGGUCCAACUUACGAAUGGUUCCUACAUGACCCCUGGAGGAUACAAACACUACUGCGAUGACCUCAAAAUGAUGACCAGCGAAUACAGAUCAACAGGAGGCAAAGGAGUGAAGGCUGAAGAGGUACUGAAGAAGUACCUGAAUGACAAGGAAAGCACUGGUCAGGCCAUCCUGUCAGCAGACCAAUCUCUCACUGAAGCUGAGUUGAGGGCCGAAGAGGAGAAAGCGAAAAGGGAGGCGUCUGAGCAAGAGAAACGAACCAUGGAAGAGCAGAUCAAAGUCCAGGAAUUGCUGAUGGACGAUCAGAAGAGAACGUAUGAAGAGCAUAAGAAACAGCUGUUGGAGAAGAUGGAGGCUGACAAGGAAAAUGCUAAAGUAGAGUACAAUAGAGUUCUGGAGGCCAAACUCAAGGAGAAGGAAGACCUCCUCAAGGAAGGGUUUCAUUGCAAAGCACAAGAAAUGGAGGCACAGAUUAAGGACCUCAGGAUGGAGCAGGAGGAACAGGAAAAAGCUAAGCCCUCAAUAUGGAAGCAAGCUCUGGAUAACAUUGGAACUGCUGCUCUAAUGAUUCCAGGAUGGGGAAAAUUAAUUGGAGUUGGUAUGAAAGUUGGGUCACAUUUCAUGAAAUGAAGGUCCUUUAGGGAGGGGAUGAUAAUAUACUUCCAAAAUAUAGUGUUUCACCACCAUGUCCACUUUCGAGAAAGGUGUGGAUAAAUUCUCAAAUGUUUUACCUAUCAAUCAUUAGACUGAUUACUUUAAAUGAAGCACUCCGUUCAGAAAGUGUAUUUAUUUAGUUUAAUGUUUGUUAAGAAGGCAUAAAAACAAUAAAGAGUAUUUUUUUAAAGGCAAAUUAAGGAGUGUUCCUUUAUU